GGAACUCUUACAUAGGAAAUGUAAAACAUGGUAUACAUAUCAUGGGAAUGCUCCUGCAAUAUCACUAACCCAGGUGAAUCAAUUUACAUUGUUGGAAAUCACACUCAAUUGGGACAAUGGAGAGUUGUACCUGAUUUAGAGAGCGAAAACGCAGCAGUUAAACUCGUUACUGACAAGCUCUCUUUUCCAUAUUGGAGAACAAAAGAGGAUAUAAGAAUUCGUGGAACUUGUGUACUAGAAUACAAAUUCUUUAUUAAGAAUGAUAACAAGAAUUGUGAAGUAAAGUGGGAGCCUUUUUCUGGAAACCGUUUCCUCUAUAUUGAUGAUCAUUAUCCAGAGUAUAGGUGUGUGGUAGCGUGUAUUUGGGGUACAACUUUCAACAAUACAGUAAAAUUUGAAGAAUAUACUUCUGUAGAAUACAGAAGUACAGAUUACUUGCUGAGUGGGAAUUUUUCAAGUGACACUAUGAUGUAUAGUACAAUAGCAUCAUAUGGAGGUGGUUCUGGAUUAUCUUCAGUAUCAUCUUUAAGUCGAACUGGGUCGAAAUUACGUGGAUUACUUGACAAAUCGCGUUUUAUUCUAAGUACUAAAGGUGAUAUUAAUGACUAUUAUAUCUUAGAAAAUACUAUUGGACGUGGAACUUGGGGUGAAGUUAAGAUUGUAACUCACAGAGAAACAGGUGCAAAAAGAGCUGCAAAGAAAAUUCCAAAGUUCUAUGUUGAGGAUGUUGAUAGGUUCAGACAAGAAAUAGAAAUUAUGAAAUCACUUGACCAUCCUAAUAUUAUUAGAUUGUAUGAAACAUUUGAAGAUAACAAUGAUAUAUAUCUAGUGAUGGAAUUGUGUACAGGAGGGGAGCUAUUUGAACGAGUUGUUCAUGAAAGGAUGUUUACUGAGAGUGAUGCAGCAAGAAUAAUGAAAGAUGUAUUAAGUGCAGUAGCCUACUGUCACAAGUUACAUGUUGCCCAUCGUGAUCUAAAACCAGAAAACUUUUUGUUUUUAACAAAUAAACCUAACUCACCAUUAAAGCUCAUUGAUUUUGGAUUAGCAGCUAGAUUUAAACCAGGAGAAGCAAUGAUAACUAAAGUUGGUACUCCCUACUAUGUAAGUCCACAAGUUUUAGAAGGACACUAUGGGCCUGAGUGUGAUGAGUGGUCAGCAGGUGUUAUGAUGUAUGUGUUACUUUGUGGUUACCCACCAUUUAGUGCACCAUCAGACUACGAAGUUAUGGCAAAAAUAAAAGAGGGCCACUUCACUUUUCCAGAAAGUGAGUGGAUAAAUGUUUCACCUUUGGCAGAAUCAUUAAUAAAGCAGCUACUGACUAAAUCACCUAAACAAAGAAUUACUGCUGCUCAGGCACUCAAACAUGAGUGGUUUGAAAAGCAAUUGUGUUUAACUUCUAAGAACUUAUUAUUAGAUAAUGUGAUUUCUAAUUUCCGCAGAUUUCAAGGUCUUUCUCGUUUAAAAAAAAUAGCAUUCACAGUAAUUGCCCAGAAUCUGGAUGAAAAGGACAUUUUGGAUUUACAUAAUACCUUUAUUCAAUUUGAUACGAGUCAUGAUGGAUUUUUAAGCAGGAAGGAAAUCAUAGAUGGUAUAACUAAAACAGGAUGUCGUCCACCCAUUGGAAUUGAUGUACUUUUGGAUGAGAUAGAUCCUGAAAGCACAGAUAUGAUUCCUUAUACAGAUUUUAUUGCAAUUUGUUUACAGGAAUACCAGCUUGCUCAUGAAAGUGCAUGCAAAGCUGCCUUUAAAGUAUUUGACAUAGAUGGUGAUGGACAUAUAAGUAAAAACGAGCUACUUAAUGUUAUUUAUCAGAAUAAUAGAACAAAAACAAGUGAAGAUGAUUUAACGACAGAGUUGGAAGAAUUUAUGGAGGGAGACCUAAAUAGAGAUGGUACAAUUGACUUUGAUGAAUUCUGUCAAGUAAUGCGUCGUAUGCCCUCAAGAAUCCUGUUGGGUGGAGAUGCAGACGAUGCUGUGAAUAUGAUGAGGCGAUGUUCAUCAAGGACAAAUCUUACAGGUGCAGUUAACCUGACACCCUAG